AAUCUUUUAGCCCCAAAAACAUUUGUUGUAAGUACAAUAACUUAAACAAUUCAAUUUCAUAUAAAAAAACAACACAUUUGACAUUUUUAGUAAGAGCUGAAAUCGUUUGAGAGAUUUUAGCACCAAAAAAAGUGAAUAAAACUAUCAAGACGAAGCCAAAAAGCAGUUUUUGUUUGAAAAAGACAACAGGAAAUAGCAGUUUGACAAUUCUAACUUGAAGAACAAGAUUGUGUUUAAUAAACAUAAAGAUGGUCAAAAUGUAGAACAAAGUCCGACGAGAUUGUUGACAGGAAACUGUCACACCUGACCAUGCCAUAUUUGGACCUUACUUCCUGUUCUGUGCUUUUAUUCUGGUGGCACUUCCGUUUUUUUGUGUUUACCCCCAGCUACUGGACUCCUGCCCCUGAUCGCCCUUCCUGUAGUCUGCUCCCAAUCAGGACCGUCCAAGUCCACUUUGACGCUUUACACACCGCAGGAAUAAAAGGCCUUCAGGACUGAAGGAGGACCUGAAGGGGACUGGAGUGAAACUGGAUCUCAGCGCUGACUUGGUCUAAGUCCUCUCCAAGUUGUCCAAGGUUUAUUUUGGUCUCAGUUCUGCCUUCUCUGCUUUCUUUGCACCUCCUUGUCCCUCCUCCACGUCUGCUUUGUGUUCCUCGGUCUCCCCUGGUAUACCUUGGUCCCGCUUCCUGUCCUCGGUCCACCAUGGGGGAGACGUCUGUGUCCAAAACCUUCAUGGACUGUCUUUGUCUCUGCUUGUCCCGCGGUGGAAUGGAGGAGGCGGCGAAGGACACGGACAGCGGACACCUGCCCUACGGUCCCGGGGACGUCCUGCAGGAGCGAUACCAGGUGGUGGACACGUUGGGGGAGGGCACAUUUGGCCAGGUGCUGCGCUGCUGGGACUCGGCCAGAGGAGGACGCGGUGUGGCUCUGAAGAUCAUGAAGAAGGUGGACAAGUACGCCAGGCUGGAGAUCCUCGUGUUGGAGAAGCUGAGCAGGAAAGAUCCUGGCAAGGAAAUUCCCUGCGUGCAGAUGCUGGACUGGUUCUACCACCGUGGCCACAUCUGCAUCUCCUUCCAGCUGCUGGCCCUCAGCACCUUCCACUUCCAGAAGGAAAACAACUUCCUGCCAUAUUGUCUCCAACACCUCCGACACAUGGCCCAGCAGAUCUGCCACGCCGUCAGCUUUCUCCACCACAACAAGCUGACUCACACCGACCUGAAGCCUGAGAACAUUCUCUUUGUCCACGGAGACUACUUCCUCACCUACAACACCCACAAGAAAUGUCCUGAAAAGCGACUUCGCGACACGUCGGUCCGCGUGGUGGACUUCGGCAGCGCCACCUUCGAGCACGAGCAUCACUCCACCGUCGUCUCCACGCGUCACUACCGGGCCCCAGAGGUGAUUCUGGAGCUGGGCUGGAGUCACCCCUGCGACGUGUGGAGCAUCGGCUGCAUUCUGUUCGAGUACUACCAAGGAUCCACGCUCUACCAGGCUCACGACAACGAGGAACAUCUCGCCAUGAUGGAGCACAUUCAUGGACCCAUCCCUCAAAAGAUGAUACGGACAAGCAGAAAGCAGGUCUAUUUCCAACAUGGCCGCCUGAACCGGAAGGAUAUCUCCAAGUCUGGGCGGCACGUGAGAGCCAAGUGCAGACCUCUACGGGAGUGCAUCCGGUCCCGGGCCGAGGAACACCAGCAGUUCUUGGACCUGCUGGAGAAGAUGCUGGAGUACGAGCCUUCCCAGCGCAUCUCGCUCUCCCGCGCCCUUCGCCAUCCUUUCUUGGCGCCGGCCCAGCAGCCGCCGAGGUCCGCGGUCGGGAGCGAGAGUCCGGACCUCAGGUAGACUGCGGCACCUGGAGGUCGGUGCUGCCUUUUGAUUGGUCCGCUGUCAAGGUGACCUCAUUGGCCGGCGCCUUCACGCUAUAGUUUGACGUAGUUAGUUAGCGCCAUCCUGCCUGUGCCCCUCGCUGACUGGGGGAGCUGAACGGGUCUGGAGGACCAACAUUGGGUGCCCCCCCCUAGAGUGGAGGUGUCCGGGGGGGCAUGAGGGGCAGGCUUUCUAGUGUCUUUGGGCAUCGAACGAUUCAAUUCGACUCCUGGGGUGAUGAUUCCAUCCAGAAUUAAUUCUCCAUUCAGAGCGAUUCUGACAAUUGGUAUAAUAAUUAUAUUUGCCACUAUUUAGCACCUAAAGAUUCCGAUUCCCGGGUAACGAUUCGAUUCAGAUUGGAUGUUUGAUUCAAGCUGAAUCUGCCAAUGUAUUAUUUGGUAUAAUAAUCAGAAUGAAACAGGUUAGAAAAUAUCCUUCUGAUGGCCUAAAAAUGUCUUUAAAAAAA